AUGGCCGGCGCCAGUGCGUCACAAGCGGGCGCAAGAGAGGACGGCGGAAAGAAAAAGAUCAGCAACAACGGCGCGGCCUUCGACGGGUACAGAUGUCGCGCCGCGUACCGGAAAACGAUAUCGCUGGCGCAGAGCAAUCCAACAAGGAGGCGCGCCGCGCUUGUUGCUAGUCCGUCGCCCCCGCUGCGCCCGUGGCGCUUUUGGGCCGACCUGGCCCGCUGGCCAGCCGCUGCGCAGGCAGGCCCUCCGUCCGUGCCUCGCGGCGCCUGGCGGUGUUCUUUCAUGUAUCCCAUCGCCAGAAGGCCCACCCCGUUCGGGGCCGUGGCGGCUCCAAUAUGUCCGUGGCCGGCCGGGCAGGCCUUGGCUGUCUGUGUGACUGAGCGGCCCCCGUAG